CUGAUUCAGUGUGGUGUUGUUGAGCUAAUUAUAACGGCUGCCAACCGGGUUGUGGUACACGAUCCGAGUUGGAAUCCCGCCACUGACACACAGGCCGUAGAUAGGGUCUAUCGUAUAGGUCAACAUUAUAAUAUUGUUGUAUAUCGUCUCAUCACGUGUUCCAGUGUUGAAGAGAAGAUUUAUCGCCGUCAAGUCUUUAAGACUGCUAUAAUCAAACAGGCAACUGAGGUAAAGCCUCACUUUACCCACGGGCCUAAUUCGACAAACUCACCCACUUCACGUCGAUUGGCUGAUCUCUAUCGCUACUUUACUCGUCAGGAGUUACGCAACCCUUUCAAGCUUGAUGAUCCACUGGCUUCACGGACUCUCCUCUAA